AUGAGCGGCGCGACGCGGCAGGCGCAACUCCGCGCGCUCGAGGCCCAGUUUUACGAGCAGUUUGCCGUGCCGGGCCAGGCGACUUCACACGAGGAGGAAGACAGUGACGAGAUGGACGAGCAGAGCGUCGCGGACGAGGACGAAGAAGAGGGCGACGGAGACGAGGAGGGCGACGACGGGGACGAGGAAAGCGACGAUGAGGACGAGGGAGGUUCUGACUUGGACGAUGAUAAGGACCUUCUUCUCGCUGCCCGAACGGCCGCCUCAGCUGCGCCCCCUGCUACGAAGCCUACGCGUCGCGUCCCUGAAACGGUCGUUUUCACCGAUCCGUCGUCCUCACGGACCUCGGCCCCCAUCUCUAAACAGGCCCGCAAGCAAUUCAUGUCCUCCGACAUUGAGCGCAUUGCCCAGGACCAGCCCGAGGCGACGCCUGCUGCGCCGAGUGGCGACGACUCGGACGACGAUGAUCAGCGCGCCAACGACCAAAAGCUCACAGAACUGCUCUCAACGACGCUCUUUGCGCCGGGCAGCUCUCACGCUUCGAAUAAGAAGCGCAAACUGACGACCACGACGAACGAGACUCUCGCCCGUGUGCUGGAGCUAUCGAACGCAGAUACGAUUCAGCGGCCCGCGGCCGGCUCGCCAUGGGCUGAGAACGAGCUCAAGAAGAAGGAGCUCGGAAAGAUGCCUGCACGUAUCCGCCAGGGACUGCGGCGCGCGGCAGGCGAGCGGCGAGACCGCGAGAUUGCGACGCAGAAGGAGCUGGGGCUAUGGAAUCCCAAGGCGCAGAAGCAGUCGCACAUGACGCGCGGCUCGAGCGUGGCGCGCGGCUCCAAAGCCACACAGCCAAAGCAGCGGCAGCGCGGUAUCGGUAGCGGUGUUGGCCACUACCGCGGCGGUGUCUUGCACCUGAGCGACCGCGACGUCCAGCGCAUCCGCCAGUCGAAGCGCUAG